AUGAUCCGCGAGACGCGAUUCCGCGAUGGCAUCGAUUUACGACGGAAACAAUCUGCCGCGGGGGCUAAUGGGGCGCCAUUCCGCACCAGCUGCUGUACAGUCGCCUUCCGCGAAACGGAUUACAUCAAACGCUCUCGAAUGAGGAAACCGUCACACGAACGCAGCGCUGACCAGAGCCUAAGAAGCGCGAGAAAGCGGUGCCUCGUCUUACCGGGAAUU